GCCAGGCAGGGGUUUGAACUGAGAAUCCUCUGGACUCAAGCCACCCCCCCCCCCCCCCCCCCCCCCCAAGUUACUGAGUUUCAUCUUGACUCCGGCUCAAGCUGCACCAACCUUCCUAAAGUGGUCUGGAUAGAAGCAGGUCAAACAUAUUAUAUCAAAUUAUGCAUAUCUGAUAAAUUUGUCGCUGUCACCAACACAGAGAAAUACUAAGGUGUGUGCAGCCAUAAAUGUCACAUUUACAGUGCUUCACCUUUACAUUAAAAUAUUAAACCACAACUGCACCAGUCAACAAUUUAAUUUUUUUUUUAAGUGUUUGUUGCAGUUCUUGACAUUCCAUCCAAUACAAUGUAGAAGGGAGAAGGUUGUCCAAGGAGUCAGUCCUCCGAGUGGCUUAUUUGCUGUUAUGCUUUAUUUUUUCUUUUUAAAUUUCUUCUUCUUUUUUCAGCACCUGACAGGUGUUCACGAAACGCUCUCUCUCUCUCUCUCUCUGUCUCCUAAUAGCAGCCCUUGUUUCCACCUCACAUUCUUAGCAGACACAUGGAACACAGAUGAUGUAAUGGAUGCAAUACUAAAAAUGUAUAAAGCUUUUUAUCAUGUGACCUUGACUAUGGAUUUUAUUUUGUUUGCAGGGUGGGUGAGUAUAAAUAGCCAGCCUAUACAGAAAACUGCAGACUGGAUGCAGGGCCCCAUUGAGGUGCAAGGCCCAGCGCCGUCGUACACUUUGCACAGCCCAUGUGACGGCUCUGUUUGUACCACAUGCAAACACAACACAUUUGCACAAGAGUCUGUCUAUUCACAACAAAUUAGUGAUGACCUCACUGAUUCCUUGCACACUGCAAAAAUCUUAGCAUGUGCCCCUCUAGUGGACACUUAAGCAUUUGCAAUUGCUCAAAGUGUAAUUUGGCCUUGAGGGACUCCAUGUGCUCCCGUCUUGUUGUAACUGCGCCCAGUUUAGAUAAUGAGCAAAAUUCUGAGUCAAGAAUAACUCAUCAGCAAACAGUGCAGACGCUUAUCGUAAUGGCUUCAUGUUAAUUAUUAAACACGUUUGUAACAAAAGGUCAAGGGGCAGUCCUACAGCAGCAGAGCAUUACAGAAAACCUGUGCUGACUUUUUACACCCUGAAGAUGAAUGUGCACGUGUCAACAGCAGCCGUGCUUCUGCUUUCAUUUAUAUGCAUGGCAUUUGGGCAAACAUGCAUGAAUAACUGUGGGAAGAAGGUAACAACAUGUUCGUGCCACACGACGUGCAUAUCUCUGAAGGACUGCUGUGCAGACUAUGAAGAAUACUGUGUGGACAUUUUGCCGUAUUCUGGUUCGAUUAUGGGCGGCACAGAUUUCAUUGUCCUUGAAGCAAAUUUCAGUAACACUUCCCAGAUUGUAUGCAGGUUUAAUAAUGAGAUCAAAACGUACGGGUAUGUCGAUGAAAACAGUAGAGGUCACUGUAUCUCUCCCCUGCUGUAUGAGACUGGAUGGGUUCCUUUCCGUGUGUCCUCAGAUAACGGUACCACCUUCAACAGAGAUGGAGCAUGGCUAUCAGUACACACUGGAAAGUUACAUUCUCAGUUCAAAGCGAGCCUGGAGAAUUCAACACAGUGGCAGUACUACGGCACGCCGAAUGUUGGAGGAAUUCUUACAAUGGGAUGGAAUAAGUCUCUGGUUAGAGCAGAGAAGGUCAAUAUAGAGCUCUGGGGAUACCGCGAGACAGGAGAGCCCUACACAGAGACCUGGCAGGCGCACUGGGAGUACUUGUACACAUUAGCAAAGGAUCAGCCAAACAAUGGUUCCUUUAGCUUUUUGCCCAAAUCAGCACAAAAUGAAUUUUCAAGUUGGGAGCUUGGUGCCGUGCGUGUCAGCUCCAGCACUUACCCCGAUGGGGUGUGGAAUGUACAAGCAAUGUGGACUGAGGCUCAUGCUCUAGCCUGGCAUCUGGACGAGAAGUUCCGGCAGGACUCAGCAGCCUGGGCUUUGGAUAAAUGUGUAGCAUGGGACCAACUAGAAAACAAGCUACCGAACUUCCUCAGUGAGAUCACUGACUGUCCGUGUACUUUGGCUCAAGCCAGAGCAGACACCGGCAGGUUCCACACUGAUUAUGGCUGUGACAUUGAGAAAGGGAGCGUGUGCACGUACCACCCUGGAAGUGUUCACUGUGUGAGAGCCAUACAAGCAAGUCCUCAGUAUGCAGCAGGUCACCAGUGCUGUUACGACAGCACUGGUGCUCAGGUCCUGACUGCGGACUCUAUCGGGGGAAGCACGCCAGACCGAGCUCACGACUGGGGCUCCCCGCCCUUCAGGAAGCCCCCUCGGGUUCCGGGCCAGUCCCACUGGGUCUAUGAUGUUCUCAGCUUCUACUACUGCUGCCUAUGGUCGGAUAACUGCCACUACUAUUUCAAACAUCGACCCUCCAGUGACUGCAGGCAUUACGAGUCACCUGGCUCAGCCGUGGUGUUCGGAGAUCCCCACUUCAUCACAUUUGAUGGUGUCAGCUACUCCUUCAACGGCAAAGGGGAAUAUACUUUGGUGACCUCAGACGCCAAGCAGCUGACGAUCCAGGGCAGAACCGAACCCGUGAUCACUGAGAAUGGAACCACAGUAAAUGCAACCAAACUGUCGGCUGUUGCCAUGAGAGAAGGGACGUCUGAUAUCAUUGAGGUGCGGCUCGGCAGCGCUCAGAACGUCCUUGAAGUCCUCCAAAAUGAGAAAAAGCUUUCCUUUGUGGAACAGACCUGGAUGGACCUGAAGGGUGUGUUUGUGUUUUCACCAACCUCUACCAAUGUGACUGUGAUGUUCCCCUCUGGAGCCGGGGUGGAGGUGAGGCUGAGAGAGGGAACCCUGAUGACCACCGUGCUCCUGCCAGAGGCCUUCACAGACGCCACUCGUGGAUUGUUAGGAAACCUGAAUGGCAAUUCCAGUGAUGACAUUGUUUCCAGUGAUGGUCAACUGGUGCUGAACCAAACCAAUCCGGAGGAGUUGUUCAACUUUGGAGGAAGCUGGGCCGUAUCCAAUGACUCUUCCCUGUUUACAUAUGACACAAAAUAUCUCUUGGACACAUAUUACUUUGCCCCAAAACAUGACACAAGCUUCAUCCCAGUGUUUGCUGUGCCGGACAGUCCGGAUGACCCGUUGGCCAAUCAGGCGUCUGAGAUCUGCUCUGGAGAAGGUUCGACUUUCUGUAGGUACGACAUCCUGGUAGGCCGAAGUCCAAGUCUGGGAAAUGCUACCAGGGCAUUUUUCCAGAGUCACAUUUCUCUUGUGGAGGACCUGAAACCAGUGAUAACCUGUGGCUGGUUAUCACCACCAACCAACGGGAAGAAGGAGGGGACCACAUAUUUACAAGGGGCAAAGGUGCAGUUUUCCUGCAACCACGGUUACAGUCUGAAAGGAUCUACAGAGCGAAUAUGUCAGGAGAACGGCCAGUGGUCUGGAGACGUGACCAACUGCGUGGUUACCAGUAACGUCACAGGAAUUGUGGUGGCCGUCGUCCUUGGAUGUGCCACACUGGCCACAAUUAUAGCAACAGUCAUUCUGAGCUACAGAAAGCAGAAAAGGAAAACUGCAAUCUUAAGGCGAGAGACCCCAAAUGAGGAGCUGUAAACAUCCGGCAUUGUUAAUUUAAAUUUAAAAGAAAAAGAAAAAGGAGAAGUCUAUUAAUAAAAGUUGCAUUGCUGU